AUGGGAACCAACCCCCCUACCGUUGCUCGAACGCAACGCUUUGAUGGCACAUCCCAACAGCCUCCCCAAGAAGGUCGCGUCAAUGCUGGAAAAUCAAAAGGCGUUGCAGGCAAACCAUUGGCCUGUAGUCUACACCCAGAGCCAAUCCUCGAGCUCAAGACUCAGGAUACCGAUCCUUACAAUUACCAUCGAACCAGUCCUCAUUUCAUGUGCAUCGUUGAGCUCGUUGCGAAUGAUGAAAGAGGGUCUCCGGUACAGGAUGGACUAGGUGGAUCAUUAGUCUCUUCUUUGCACAAUUUGAGAAUCAAAGAUGAUAAAGCAGAUCACGCUUAUUUCAUCUUUGGGGAUUUGUGCCCCAAAUUGGUUGGAACUUUCUGCCUCAAGUUCGUUCUCUUCGAAAUGCGUUCCGAUAGUGCCACAAGCAGCAACAGCACAUAUGCAAAGCUUCUGACAUCAAUCAUCAGCCAGCCUUUUGUCAUCAAAGAGGCAAAAGGUGUCGGUAUCUCGAAGGCAUCAACUCCUUUGACGCGAAUGGUAGCUGAGUGUGGCGUCAAGAUCAGGGUUAGAAAGGAGCCAACGAACAAGCGCAAGCAAUCUCAAACCAGUUGGGCUGUACGUGGCCCAACAGAGCCAAACCUUCUCCGGGUACAAGCCCCUGUGCUGAAAGAUGUACUCGGUUUCGACCCUAGUCAACCGCAAUAUCCCAACCACGCUAAUAGUCUUGGUGUACAUUCCCAAUACGCCAGCCGCCCGUUACUAAAUCCCCUCCCAACUCAUUUGGGGCAGAUCACACCGCCCACUCGGGGUGUGGAGGGGAUCUUGGAUCGUGUCUCCGUGCAAAUGCCAAAUUCGGCUCAGGAAAGCACUUCAAAGACAGAAGGGCUUUCAAACGACGACGGCCACUUAAACAAGAAGGUCCAUCCAACCCAAGAGAGCCACUCUAACAACCUCAACCACCUGAAUGUUGGAAAUUUGAGACAUUAUAGGCCUAAUGCAACUGUGAUGGCCGGUUACGGUGCUCAGGCAUUGCCUCUGAAUAAUGAUCCAGCUUACCAGACGUCUGGAAGCCAAUUCAUGUUCAGUGGUGCAAUUAGCAACUUUAACAGUUUGACCGCGGAGGGGCACACGGGCCCCGGUGCUCAAUUUUUCGACGUGUUGUCUGGUCGUAAUACUCAGAUGAGUAACACGGGGCCUGGAUUCUCUCCUCCGAUGAGCACUUCAGUGUCUACAACCAAUUCUCAGAUGGGAAACAUGGUCUCUCCUCUAAGAAGUAAAACUGGGAGAGAUGAUGGUAGUUCUGCCGGCUUUGGCUCCAGGAGCCAAUUUUCAAGCCUCUCGAGUGGCUUGGUCGAGUGGGAUCCUAUGGUGACGUCGACCAAUUCAUACGACCAGUUAUACUCGUCCAGCAUGCCAACCAACACACAAAAUACCACCAAUAUGCCACCCUCUGGCAGUGUGCUAUUCGCCAGCCAGAAUACUGGCAAUGUAUCACACACUGGAAGUGUACUGUGCGCCACGCCGUACACCACAAGCAUGUCAUCAAUGCCACAGUACAUCCCUCGCUUGCCAGACGCUACCUCACAAGGGGGCCAAUACUCAACCAGCAUGGCAAAUGCUGCACAAGAUCCCAUCAGCAUGGCAGAGAUGCCAUUCUACAAUUCACAAUACCCGAGCAGCACGGCAUCUCAAGGCACACAGAAGCUCGCAGGAUACGAAUGGCAAUUUGGUAGUGGCUAUGGAGCCACUCCUAGUAUGGUCACUCAUGGUUGA